CUGAUGUCUAUGUGGUAUUGGUGAAGAUCUUAUAUUCAUACAUUGCCUGAAAAGUUUAUUUUGUUGUCCACGAAUCGUGCAGAUAUUUCUUUCCAUGGCAUGAUUCUUCUUAUAAGAUCAAGUCAUGGCUCAGGAGGCAAAUGACGACACAGGUUCGACGAUCUCGGUGUCCACUGCAAGCGAUAUUCAUGAUCAGGUCUGGAAUCGUCCGUCAUAUCCGAGGAGAAUUCAUAUGACCAAAUUGGACGGCUACCCGAAGGAUGUUGAUAAUAGAGAGUAUCGAACAUCUGAUACCAGCAGCAUAGAGGAGGAGAGGGAGAUUUCACGGCGGGACCUACAGAGGAGGGCUUUGGAAGCCCUAGAGGCAGCCCGAUCCAAACAAGUUGCAUUUGCUGUGCGAACUAACAUUCCUUAUGAUGGAAGUGCUGACGAUGAUUCGCCAGUACACGGAGCGGCAGUCUCAUUUGAAGCAAAAGACUUUCUUCAUGUUAAGGAGAAAUUUAACAAUGACUGGUGGAUCGGGAGAGUGGUUAAAGAGGGCUGUGAUAUUGGCUUCAUUCCUAGUCCAAGCAAGUUAAAUUCUCUCCAGCAGUUGGGUUUGAGUGGUUCUGGAGGAAGUAGGAGUAAAACGGGUCAGAGUAGGUCUGGUAGCGUUUUCCAGUUUGAAGGAAUGAUGAAUCAAGCCCAGUCUCCAACAAAUACUUCGCCGUCAAGGCAAUCAUCCACGUCGGGGCAGAUUGAUAAUGAAAAUGGUAUGGAAUAUGACGAUGAGCAUAGUCCUUCCAGUCCGACGCCAAAAUCAUUACCAAGAUCCGCGUCGGGAACAACGGUAUCUUCCCAGGGAACCCAGAGUGGAAAAACAAAAAAGCCAUUCUUCAAAAAGCAGCAAGAACAAUUCUCUCCUUAUGACGUUGUUCCUUCAAUGAGACCCAUUGUGUUACUUGGGCCUUCACUGAAAGGUUACGAGGUCACAGACAUGAUGCAGAAAGCUUUGUAUGAUUACAUGAAGCACAAAUUCUCGGGAAGAAUAACAAUAUCACGUGUCAAUGCUGAUAUAACCUUGGCCAAAAGGUCAACUCUAUCGAACCCAAGCAAGAGUAAGCUUAUGGAAAGACCAAACAGUAAAGCUUCAGGACUCGCUGAAGUUCAGGUUGAGAUUGAAAAGAUAUUCGAAUUGGCUCGCGGGCUCAACUUGGUCGUGUUAGAUUGUGAAACUAUUAACCAUCCAACUCAGCUCUUCAAGACAUCAUUAGCUCCUCUUCUUGUUUACAUCAAAAUUAACUCCCUCAAGGUCUUGCAAAGGCUCAUAAAAACACGAGGCAAGUCUCAGUCUCGGAAUCUCAACGUUCAAUUAGUGGCAGCCGAAAAAUUAGCACAGUGUGGCGAUGAUUCUUAUGACCUUGUAUUGGAUGAAGCACAACUCGACGAUGCUUGCGAUCACCUGGGCGAGUUCCUUGAGAGUUACUGGCGGGCGACACAUCCGCCGAAUCAACCUGGCAGCAGGCUGCCGAAUGUCCAAGCGUCCCCAUCAAGUCAACAGUAUCACCCUGUGGACUCUAACGAAAGACCGAGUGUCUACCUGUGACAUCUCCCAUGUUGCCUUUCGGUGCAACUCUAUUUUGCCCAAGCACGAUUGGACAGAAUUUUCUACCCAUGUUGCAUGUCGUGCAAAUGAGCCUCUGUUUAUUCAUGGCCGUUGGGGGAAAAAAUCUGUUAGUCCAUUGAAAAUUGAGACAUUUCACAGUACGGACCAAGGAAAAACUCAUGGCGAAAACAUUGUUCAUGUGUACAGUGAAUGAGUUGUACCUGGUUCAGUCGCAAUAAUGGGGUCAAGAGACUCUUGGUGAGACUUACAUGUACACUGAAUUACGUUGAGGUGAUGAGGCAAAUUUCGUUAUAUUCCCUCUGCUUUGCUUUGAGAAGGAUGGGUGGAGCGAGCCUGGAAACGAAAUACAUCGUAACAAUGCAAGUGCCAAGUAUUUAAGUCAUUUCUUGAUCGUAAGUGAACAAAGCCGUAGUAGAAUACUUUAGAUAGAAAAUAGUCUUGACAAAUUUCUGUAGAAAAUUGCCGCCAGUGAUGCAGCAAAGUAAGUUGUAGCUCUUCAAGGGGUGAAAUGGCCGGUGAAAUUAGCCGUGUUGAUAUGCAUCAAGUUGUUGUGCUUCGUUUUCAACCUGUAUCAGUAGGGUUACAGUCCUACGCCUUCUGCUACAAAACACCAUCACCUGCCCCUCCCUAGAAUUUUUCUUUAUCGUCAAGCUAGUUAAGACGUGAGAGGCCCCCUUCCUAGGGCACACGUUGUCCUCCUCCCCAGUGGCUGGGAAGAAGAGAGAGGCCUUGGGAAUGAGGUUGAGAUGUUAGACUGUUAUAUCUUAUUCGUCUCUUUGAAGGUAAAAUUCCCGCUUCCGCUGGCUUUUGCUUUAUCGUUGAUUUUAACAGCGGUAGUGGCGAGUGCGUUUUGCUGUCGGCUAAGAAAUAGUACUUGUUGUGAUGUGUGCUUGAAGAUUCGAGGCUCUUUGUCAGAACAACGAUGGUAAUUUUGGAAGCUUUUAAGGCUUUGACAGAUUUCACACCUCAACGAAAUCCUUUUAAAUACACUGGCCCAGGUAGAGGAAAGCCUAACAUUUUGUAAAGUAUAUUGCAAUAUUUGCGUCGAAAUUGCGACUUUUCUCCUCCCUUUAUUAGGAAAGCGUUCCUCGAUGUAGUUGAGCAGUAGUUGGGAAGAAAUAUCAAUUAUUUAGUGAAAAAAGAAACAUAUCUGGCUGAGAGCCAUGUUAUCGGUACAGUAUAAGCUAUUUUAUAUUGUUUUAAGAAAGCAAUGUGAUACCCAACCUACUUAAAAAUGAAAUUUGCACUUAUUUGUUUUUUUGUAACAUAGCGUUUUUCGAUGCGAAAAUAUCAUCGCAUUUUUUAUAACUAGCGGAAAUUUAGUGAGAAGUAAGAAAUUGAUAAAGAGCUUAAGGCAGAGACUGGUCCGAAGUACGUAGCUUUUCUUCUGUGUUGUGUAUGCCUCGUUUCGUGGAGAAUUAUAAAUUGGCCGCCUAAUCGUUUUUUCAGUUUAAGCAAUUCAUUCUUUCAUUCUUUUUAUCAAAUUGAGAUUUGAUACCUCUCUAUCACUGCCUGGUUUUGCUGCUAAGUCAAUCGCUCUAGGUAGUAGUGUCAGGGGUCGGGUAUGAUAACCAAUCAGGGAGCCCUACUUCGCGCAUGUGAUCAAAACAGACCAAUCACGAUGUCUUGUUUUCGCGAAGAACGUCUUCUUAUUUGUUCCCUUUGAUCACAUGUGCCAAGUAGGGCUCUGUGAUUGGCUAUUUCUGUAUUCACCAUCUACACUGUUUCGGUUAUUACAAAAGGUGCCUGGCUGAUUUGUCAUCAUCGUGUUAUUUGCAAUUGAUUAAUUCUAAGUUUCCAAUUACAAACCUAAGGGGUUUCUUUUUUUUUAAAUAGAAAUUGCUUCGUGCGGGUGUUAAUUGUAUAGCGGCUUUAGUUAGAAAUUAUGCUUGACGAUAAAGUUAUUUUUAAAAGAAUUGCCAAAUGUGGGAAAGCAUGGCUUAUUGUACAGGUAUAUAUGUGGAAAAACGCAAUGAAAGCUGGGCUUUUUAAAUUGGAAUGUCGAGGAAUGCGUGAAAGUAUUCCUCUGGUUGGAAAUUGUCUAUCACUGCACCUCUGUAUAUUUAGGUCAGUAAUUAUUGUCAGCCACUGUUAGUUUUUAUAAUCACGGGAGCAAGUUCUACUUUGAAAGUUGACUUCCUUUAAAGUGAAUCUUUUCCCAGUUUUGAUCUCGAUAACGCUAAAGUAUCUAUGUUUCCAGGUUUUCUGUUAUAGACUAUGAUAAACAGAAGGAAAUAAAGAUGGUCAGAAUUGGGAUUAUGGUAUUCCCUCUCGUUGUAAGAAAAGGCAUUAUUUAAAUGAGAAUUCUUAGCGAAAUUAGCCAAUGUAGACGUUUUUCCUCUCACGGAUUAUCGCGGAGGCGAAACGGAGCUUUGAGGAAAGAACUGUCCAAUUUGCGUUAUUCUUUCCAAGGUUAUUAGAAUUUUUACGUAAGCCAUAAGUUGCCAAUAAGCUUUUCUGUUGUAUUUGUAAUGUAUUUUCGGUAUCUUUUUUCGGGAUUGUCCUGAAAGUGUAAGAUCUCUUGUAACCAUCAAUUUCAAAGAUUUGAAGCGGCCUAAUUACUUAAGCAAAGAUUAACAAACCGAAAGGUAUUGAUAGCGAAUGCGGAUAUGAUAAGUAUAGGGCCUCGCUGCGCGCUUCGAGCUCCGCUUUUAUUACGAGGUGUGAAUAUUUUCCUGUCAUAUAACUUAGUAGUGUCAUGAGUAUCAAUACCAAUUCAAGGUUCGUUUGCUUCGACCAUUGAAAGAAUCUUUGAUAUGAGAUUUCGCUCUUUUUCAUGCUUUUUUAUUUACAUUUUUUCCUUGUUCUUGUGAUGUUCUAGUCUUCAUCACUGGUUUAAGCUACCAUUAAUCGCGUUUUUAUUACCAGCAGUGGAUACAGUACUGCUUAUAACAGUACUUACUGUGAAUUUUAUUUCUUGGUGUUCUCUUAAAGAUUUGUGUUGUAGGUCCGCUGUAGUAUUAUCUUCAUAGUAGUAUCUUCAUAUGAACCCUCUGACUCUGAUGAUCUGAUUUUUACCUCUCAAUAGUGGCUGCUAUACAUUUUGUCGUAUAUCAGUUGAAAGAAUUUGACGUUGGAUCAAAACACUACUUGAUACAACCGCCCAGACUCACCAUUUGAUUGCUACAUAAUUUAUUGAAAUUUUGGAAUGGAGAGAUACGUUUUAAAAUCACUUUUCGGAGUUAAAGGGUUAAAAUUAGUUUUAGAUCUAGAAACUCGGUACUUCAAUGCCAGCUUUGACUUCUAUCAUUAACCAGGAUUACCUAGAAUGGAUAACUCCUAUCAGUUUGUAAUAUUUAAAUGCAGCUCAUUUCUUUGGAAAGCUGGUCAUUGGAGUGUCCGAUUUUUUUGUUAGAGUUAGGAUUGGUCACUAGAUUAUUUUACUGAUUAUUUUAUAUUAAUGCUCUGCCUCGUUAUGAAGCAAUUUGGUCCUCUAUGGCAAAGUGCAAUGCUCAUCAGUGAUUUGUAAAUAAAUUUUCAACACUA